GUGGGGAAGGGGGGCGAGGCAGGGAGCCGUGGCGCCCAACCCCUCUCUCCCCCCUCGUCCCGAUAAACAUUGUCACCCCCCGGGGCUUUUGUGACCCGCUUUUGCAGGCGGCAUCUCCAGUCUGAAAGAAGCAGAUGCUUCUUGGGGAAAUGUGCGCUUUUCUUCGCGUCUCCUUCGCGUCUCCUGAUCCCCAGAUCGAAGUUCUUAUUUCUUUGAAAAACCUUGCGAUGAACCAGGAAAUUGAACUAUGCCUUUAGUAAAAAGGAACAUCGAGCCUCGGCACCUUUGCCGAGGAGCUCUGCCAGAAGGAAUUACUAGUGAGUUAGAAUGUGUAACCAAUGGUACUCUUGCUGCUAUUAUACGCCAGCUAAGCAGUUUAAGCAAACAUGCUGAAGACAUAUUUGGUGAGCUGUUUAAUGAAGCCAACAACUUCUACAUCCGAGCAAAUUCCCUUCAAGACAGAAUUGACCGUCUUGCUGUCAAAGUUACUCAGUUAGAUUCCACCGUGGAAGAAGUCUCUUUACAGGAUAUCAACAUGAAAAAGGCAUUCAAAAGUUCUACUGUACAGGACCAGCAGGUGGUUUCAAAGAGCAGCAUUCCUAACCCUGUAGCAGAUGUUUACAAUCAGAGUGACAAACCACCUCCAUUGAAUAUUCUUACUUCCUAUAGAGAUGAUAAAAAAGACGGCUUAAAGUUCUAUACGGAUCCUUCCUAUUUCUUUGACCUCUGGAAAGAAAAAAUGUUGCAAGAUACAGAAGACAAAAGAAAAGAGAAGAGAAGGCAAAAGGAGCAAAAGCGUAUAGAUGGCACAACUCGUGAGGUGAAAAAGGUUAGAAAAGCAAGAAACAGGCGCCAGGAGUGGAAUAUGAUGGCAUAUGACAAAGAGCUUAGACCAGACAACAGGUUGUCUCAAAAUGUAUACCAUGGAGCAUCAUCCGAGGGAUCUCUGUCCCCUGAUACUAGAUCUCAUGCCUCUGAUAUUACUAGUUACUCAUAUCCUGCAACCCCAAAUCAUUCGCUCCAUCAGCAGCCAAUGAUGCUUUCAUAUGGAUCAGGAGAUGGAUCUCAGUAUAUGCUCGCAAACCAGGGCCUUGAACAUGAAUAUCGACCCCCUUCUGCAACAAUGCGACAUGCUACACUGAACAGACCUCAGCAACCACCUCCACCUCCACCCCAAGCAUUAGAUGGAUCUCUGGACACAGUUACACUGGUGCCAACAGAUUAUGGGAUGCUUGCAGCUCAGAUGGUGGAUUAUUACAAUCCUUCAGGACCCCCGCCGCCUCCCCCUCCACCCAUGAUUCCUUCUGCACAGACCGCUUUUGUUAGUCCUCUCCAAAUCCCUGUGCUACCUUCCCAUACUGGACUAGUGACUGGAUCUAUGUAUUCUGCUGCUCUUCAUCCUCCUUCUACUGGGCUUGUUGUUACAGCUCCCCCUCCUCCAGGCCCGCCUCCUCCCCCUCCAGGCCCUCCUGCUGCAGGAUCCUCUCUCUCUUCCUCUCCGAUGCAUGCUCCUGCAGUGGCUGAGACAAAACGACAUGAGCCUAUGCAGGCACCCAUCAGUGAUGCUCGAAGUGAUCUUCUGGCUGCUAUUCGGAUGGGAAUCCAGCUGAAAAAGGUACAAGAGCAACGUGAACAGGAAGCCAAGCGCGAGCCAGUUGGAAAUGAUGUGGCCACCAUUCUUUCUAGGCGCAUUGCUGUGGAAUACAGUGAUUCAGAUGAUGACUCUGAAUGUGAUGAGAAUGACUGGUCAGAUUGAAAACACUUGUACCAAAACAUUUCGUCAGUUUCUUGGGGAAAUUAUUCAUGUUAUAUGAGCACUGGUAUAUGUUGGAACAAGUAACCUAAAUUUAUGAUAACAAUGAUAUAAUUAGCAAACUUUUGGUAUAAGUUUAUGCUUAUGUGAUUGAAAUAAUCUGUUUUAUUUUCAGUAUUUGAUGCAUAGUAUCUUAAGUGCCACUGAAUGUAGCAGCUCAUCUGACCCAAAAUCAGCAGUGUGCCUGACCAUGAACAUCUGUAACCAUGAUGAAUAUUUGCAUAUUAUCAACUAUAUCUUCUGGCACUUGGAAACUAGUACAGUUGUUAGAUCUUGGAGGUUGGCAAAGGAAUGUGCUCAAGCCAUAACAUGUUACCAGUUUUGCAUUUUGGUCACCCUGUACUAAAAUGCAUGAAAUUAGCAGCAGAUAAGUCUGUCUUGUUUAUUUUUUACAAGUCUUAUGUUGUCUUGCCUGUAUUUGAGUGGAUUUUUAUGACUAUGUUUAUGCAGAGGUUUGGAACUAUACAUAUUAUGUAUCUGAAGAAUUUGAGUGAAAUCAGCUUAAAUAUGAGAAUACUGAAUUUUCAGUCUCUCUCUUUAUUUAUCCCUUUUGCUUUAAUUUCUUAGAUUUAAUAGUCAUUUUUUAAUUUAUCCCAGACAUUCUGAAUCCUGUGGUAUUUUUUUUCUCUUAGGGACAGUUGAACUCUUUAAGUUCAGUUCCAUUCCAUCUUCAUCAAAUGCCUGUUUUACUGUUGACUAGAAAAAAUUAAUUUCCAUAUGUGGAUGCAGAUAGAUUGUCAAAUAUUGAACAUAAUAUUACAGCUCAAGUUUCUGAAAUAGUCCGACACCUCUCCUGUAUAAUUGCAGCCAAGAUGGGGAUGUCUUUCAGAUUGAAUUCAAUUUCAUAAAUUUUCUUGAGGGCUGCAUUCUAGUGGAAGACGGGGUAAAAGGGUGAGACCAAAAACACCAGGAAAUUUGAAAUUCAAUCUCUUACUACCAGAAAGUGAGCCUUAGGAGAGGCAUUUCUGCCUUUUACAUGGGGAGUGGGAGAAUCAUAACCGGGGAAACCACCAAGUACUGGUGUCAUGUGAAAAUGUAGGUGGCUAUUGGGAGAACCUUAUUGGGUCAAAAAUUGAAUCCUGGGAAGACAAAUUGGCCCCAGAGCCUCAGGUUCCCUGUCCCAUUUUACAAUAUUGCAUAUAUUACAUGUUGGGAAACACAGUGUGUUUGGUCAGAUUAUCGCUGUUGUGUCAUCUAUAUUCUUGUAUACCAGCCAAAAUCAAAAGAAAAACAAAAAAUAAAGAAGACAAAAAUAUUGUGGUGCCUGAAAAAUUAAGUGCUAUAUUUUAAUGUGAGCUUUUGUGGACAAGUUGUAUGAGGAAGUGAACUGGUUCAUGAAAGCUCGCAUUAAAACAUAGCAGUUAAUAUCUGAGGUGUAUUUGUCGUCUUUAUUUUUCUUUUCUUCUUGCCUGAUACUCCUGCAGAGACUAAAACAUGGCUACCUCUUCUAAAACUGUAUUCUUGUGUGACCCUUUAAAACAGUGGCAGUUUUGAUCUAUGUUUUGCAUUUCAUAUGUAAUUUUUGUUACUCUAACAUUAUUCAUAGUGCAGAAUUGUAUUAAAACACAGCCUUUCUUGGCUAUGAUUUUUGA